UGCGGGCGGGCGCGCUGGACACUUAGGCCGAAAGUGGCCGAGAAGGGACUAAGGAAGAUCUGACCGCGGGCCGGCGGCGACCGCGGACCAUGCCGACCCUCCACGGCGUGACGAUCCUGGCGCUGGUCGCCGGGCUGCCGUGGGUGCUGUCCGGGGGCGCAGGGGAAAACACUCUAGAAUCUCCUCAGAAUAUUGAUGUCUACAUCAUCGAUGACAACUUUACCCUGAGGUGGAACAGCUCUGAGUCUGUCAGGAAUGUGACUUUUUCAGCAGAAUAUCAAAUACCUGGAGAAACUAACUGGUCAGAUUUGCCUGGGUGUCAGUAUAUCACUGGUACCAGAUGCGACUUUUCUUCUCUGGAGCUAAAUGUCUAUGAAGAAAUUAAUUUGCGUGUAAGAGCAGAAAAAGGAAACAGCACUUCCCCCUGGUGUAAAGUGUACACGUUUGAGCCUUUCAGAAAAGCUCAGAUUGGUCCUCCAGAGGUACAUUUGAAAGCUGAAGAUAAAGCAAUAGUAGUGAACAUCUCUCCUCCUGGAAAACACGAUGGCAUCAUGUGGGUUAUUGAAAGAAACAGCUUUACAUAUAGCUUGGUCAUCUGGAAAAACUCUUCAAGUAUGGAAGAAAGAAGUCAAACUGUUAUUCCUGGAGAUAAAAUUUAUAAACUCACACCAGAAACUACUUAUUGUUUAAAAGUCAGAGCAAAUUAUAAAUCAGGUUCCGAGAAAAAAAUUGGUUUAUAUAGUCCGGUAUAUUGUAUAAAUACCAAGGCUGAAAAUGUACUGCCUCCACCAGAAAAUAUACAAAUGGAGGCUACAAAUCAGAGCUAUAUCCUUACAUGGGAUUACCUGUACGAAGGCGUGACCUUCCAAGCUCAGUGGCUGUAUGCCUACUUAAAGGUUCAUGGGAACCAUUCAGAUAAAUGGACGCAAAUACCAAACUGUACAAACAUCAAGACGACCCAGUGUGUCUUUCCUAAGAGUAUUUUUCCGAAAGGAAGUCUCUUUAUCCGUGUGCAAGCAUCUAAUGGAACUAACACGUCUUUUUGGUCUGAAGAGAAGCAGUUUGAUAACAAAAUGCAAACUGUCAUCCCUGCUCCUGUCAUCUCCGUGAAGGCCACCAGUGAGAAUUCUCUGCGGGUCUCUAUCAGCGCCCCGAAAGAUUCCGAAAACAGGCCAGUGGGGCAGAAUGACCCCAUCACUUAUGAAGUUGUCUUCUGGGAACAUCCUUCAGAUACCAAGAGCAUAAUCCUAGAGAAAACCGAGGUCACUAUUCCAAACUUGAAAACACUGACGGUGUAUUGCGUCAAAGCCAGAGCCGUCUCCGUGGACAAGAAAAAGAGCAGCGCCUUCAGCAGUGCAGUGUGUGAGAAGACGUGGCCAGGAAAUACUUCCAAAAUCAGCAUUAUAGUUGGAAUUUGCACGGCAUUAAUUUGUAUCCCAAUUGUCAUCUGUUUUGUGAAAGUCCUCUUGAGAUGUGUCAAUUAUGUGUUCUUCCCGUCAAGUAAACCUCCUUCCGCUAUCAAUGAGUACUUGUCUGAACAACCACUGACGAAUCUCCUCCUUUUCACUUUGGACGAACAAACUGAAAGAUGUUUUAUCAUUGAAAAUUCAAACUCUGGCAUUCCAGUUAAAGAGAUUAAUCAAAUUGAGGAAGUUUACAAAAAGUACAGCUCCCAAACCAGUGAAGAUUCGGGCAACUAUUCUAAUGAAGAUGAGAAUAGUGGCAAUAAAGCAAGCAGUGACUUUCCACAACAGGAAGCUCCGUGUCCGGCAGUGAACUCGGAUGUGGUACAGCGUCUGGGACCUCCCCAUGGAGCCCAAGUUCCCUGCUCCACUCAGUAGCUGCUAAGAGAUUUGCUGAACAAGGAAACAGCUGCUGGACAUACAGCCCAACACCAGCCAUGCGCUGGUGACGCUGCAGGAGUUUGGAGAAAGGUUUUUUUCCCCCAUGUUCUGGAAAGGCUUGUCAUGAGCCCUAACCCUGUGAGUUAAAUCCAGACGAUGCCAUCCUUCUUUCUCAUGCCAGCUUUUAAAAACUAUAACUGUUACAGGAACAUGACUCCAGCGUUGAGUGUGACCUGGGGUGUAGGCUCACACAGUCCUGUGUCUGCACAGCCCACCCCACCACCUGAGGCCGUCGUGAGCGCCCUGUGCUGGCCCGUGGGAAGGACCGCAUUGUGCUCUUUGGCAGUCAGGCCCUGCUGGCCACGGCAUCUGGCAUCCAGCCGCCUCAUCACCAGUAUUGAGGUUCCUUGUUCUUCAGGAGACAUUUAGAACAUUUGGUUUGUUCUUUUGACAUUGACAUAGGCCCUUAAAAACUUUCUUUAAGAAAGUCUAAUGAGUACUAAUGCCUGAUUUUCUGGAAAGUCCUCAAGAAAACAGCACGGAUGCCAGACAAGGAAACAGGUGUGAGUUUAAAAACUCUCAGGGGGAUUGUAUCUGUUUAUCCCAAGAACACUGACGCCUGUGCCCAGCUG